UAGCAGCCACACCUAACGAAUCAGGAAAGAGAAACUGAAACAGGGAGGCAGAGGGUGGGCUGGCUGAUAAAUAACAGAUACUCGGAGCUUAGUUUCCUGUUCCCAGUGCAGAGAGGACACGGACCCUAUCACACAAAGCCUUGGCCAGGAGUCCAUCGACUGCACCAGAUGAUCCCAUGCUGUGCCCCUCAAUAGCCUGAAUGAACAAACAAUAACAAAGAACAGUUACAUCAAAUGGAUUACCAGCUCUUGCCUCUGGAUGACUGGACUGAGAGCCAUGUCAGGGACUGGCUGCAUUCAAUUCGAAUAAAAGAAGAGUACGUGGCCAAGAUGUUUGAAGAGGAGGUGACUGGACCGGUGCUGAAAAAAAUUACAGAAAAGUAUCUGAAAAAGCUUGGCAUGAAAGCAGGACAAAUCCAUCUCUUACUGGUUAGUAGGGAUGAACUAUGUGUGCAACAGAGCAGUACAACAGCUGAACAGAAGAAGCUCCUGUCAGGGAAUAAUGACAAACACCCCAGUGGGAAAGACAAAGAGACUGUGGAAAGACCUGCUCAAGGCUCAAGGUCAGAAUCCCAAGAAACUGUUUCACAAGAAACUCCGCCGCAACCAUCAUCUCAGAAAAAGAAAAAACAAAAAGGUAAAAAUGUAAGUGUGGGGGGUACCAGUUCCGAGGGCAAUGCUAAGCACCCACUCACAAUGAGCAGCUUCCGGGAAUUCGGUACGGAGGACAAGACUUUCACCUACAUGAAAAACCAGCGGCUGUCUCCUGAGACUGGAGUUAUUGACCUAAUCAGGCCUUGCCAUGAAUACAAGUCAUUUGCUACGGCAGCCACGUUGGACAAAAUGAGAUUACAGGCAAAGUUCUCUGCUGAGGUGUUCAAAUUUGCCACUGCUUGUCUGAAUGUAAGAAGCAAUGGCACAAUACACUUUGGUAUCAUGGACAGUGUUGAGGAUAAGGGCUAUGAGCAUGGGCAGAUUGUUGGCAUUGCCAUCACCCAGCUAGACUGGUAUGUUGAUGCAUUAAAUAACAUGAGAGAAUGCUUCAAAAACCCAAGUGAAUUUGCAGCUGCUAGGCUGUGUAUUCGCCCCCCAAUAUUUAUUGAAGUCUACGACAAAGAUUCUGAUACAAAGGGAUUUGUUGUGGAGGUUGAAAUUGAAGCCUCAUUGGUCAAUGUAAAAGAUAAAGUGUUCCAAGUGUGUUUGCCUAACAUCACUGAUAAUAAUAAGAUUCGUUACAAAGAACCAACUACUUAUGAGCGAAAUGGAACAAAGUCGGAGCCUGUAAAUACAGGAGAGGAACUGAGUGCAUUUAGGCAAAGGUUACAGGAAGCAGACUCUCGCAGGGAGGAAGCAGAAUCCAGGGUCACCUCUGAGACCAAGGCUGUGGAAGACUUGGGCAGAAAGCUGUCUGUGCUUAUUACCAACGGCAAGCAAUAUUUUGAUGGCUCCCACUGGUAUGUGAUUGUCACAAACAAGUUUGGAGAACACCAUAUGCAGCACCUUAAGUUUUUGAUGCAUUUAAACAUAUUAUGUGUUUUUGAUUUUGAUCCGGAUUCUGACAGCAUUGGGCUCUGUUCUAAGUUCAAAGAGUUCCACGCCACCAAUAUGUACUCUCUAGAGAGCUACUCUAAUGAAUGUGGAAGGAGUAAGGACGAGAUCAUUAGCAACCUGUGCUUGUUUAGACAAACCUCUUGGAUAUUUUGCAAUGGACGCUCAAACUUUCUAGGUCAAGACCAGCCUUGUAAUGAAUAUACAUGGAUCAGGACUAAAGGGAAAUACUUAAAUAGGGCAGUUUCUUUUAUCUGUGAAGAAAUCAUUACCAGGGCUUCUUUCAUUGUUCUCUUCAUGCUGAUGUCCCCUGUGGAAAAGCCAAUAGCAGAUGCUUUCUAUGAGUUUUAUAGAGAGAUGAAUGGCCUGGAUUACAUGCUUUGCAUUGCAGAGAAUAAAGAGCAGUAUGAGAAAUGGGCCAAACUAGCACAAGAGACUUGUCCGAGGGAAGAUCUUGAAAAGAGAAGCAUUGUGGGCAUGCAAUUAAGUCACAUUGAUGCUACUAUCCAAGCAAUGAUGCCUACUACAGAUUACCAGAGAAACCUGCCUGUUUCCACAAAUGGGCUGUGCGUUCUGACUGUUCCUGAAGAGGAGAGAAUGCCCUCACUUGAUAUAUUAUGUGUAAAUGAGUGCAACAACAUUAACAUAGACCAGAUGGACAAAGAAGAACUGAAGAAACUUGAAAGCUCAUUUUAUCAAGGAGGGAAGAUUAGCUGGAAACAUCUAUGGCUUGCAGAACACAAUCAAUUUGGAACCGUUAUUGAGCGCAAUGGAUGCACAGAGGUUGAACAGAUUCUCAAGGAUAUCUUGCACAAAAACACAGUAAAGCUCCCAGUAGCUAGAAUAAACAUUGCUCACCAGCCAGGCAGUGGAGGGAGCACUGUAGCAAGGCAGAUUCUUUGGAAAUACAAAAAUGAUUUGAGAUGCGCCAUAGUAAAUUCCUCCUAUUCAGUUGCACAAGUCUGUGAGCACAUCAUAAGGUUUCGUGAGUAUGAAGAAAAGGAGCCCAACAAAUGCCUUCCUGUUUUUCUUCUUCUUGAGGACUGCGAUGAAGAGUAUAUUGACGAUUUAAGGCAUGACUUAGGAGAAGCUAUGGUAUAUAAAAAAAUGAACAAUUUAAAGCCACGCUUUAUCCUUCUGAGCUGCAAAAGGUCUAAUGACCCCCAAAAGCUUUGUGCUGCCUCUUCUCACGACACUGUUGCAAUCACUCACAAACUCAACAGCAAGGAGCAAAAGCUAUUUAAAGCAAAAGCUGAAGAACUUUCUGCAAGUUUCUCAUCUGAACUUAUCAUUACUUUUGUCUUAAUGAGUCACGGAUUUGAGGAGAAAUACCUAAAAGACUUUGUUAAAAAUGUAAUGCAUGAUAUUGAUCACUCUUCCAAUGUCACAAGAUUAAUAAGAUAUGUUGCACUGUUGAACCAUUAUGUUCAAAAUUCUUACAUUUCACUUUCACACUGUGAAGAAUUUCUUGGGAUUAAGCCCUAUCUAAAAGAGAGCCAACAAAAAGAUAAUCUGAAUAAGGGUAAAUUGAAAAAACAGGGCCGACUGAAGUCAUCAGCAAAACAGCAUUCAGAGAAGGGGAGCGAAACUACUUCCUCAGUUAGUGACCAUGAAAAGUCAAGAAUGGAGUCACUGAGCCAAUAUAAUUUUGUAAACAGUUUAAAUAAUCAGGCACGAUUACUAUUCAUUGAAUUAAGGGAGUCCACCACUUGGAUCUCAGGCAUUCGCAUCCUGCACCCACUAAUUGCAGAGGAAAUCCUUGUUCAGUUGCCCAGAACUUACCUUCAAAGUAAGAUUGCUAUGGACCUUCUGGAUGAAAAAGCACUUCUCUGUCACCGAUUUGCCAGAGAAGAUUUUGUGAAGUUCAUCAGACAAUUGUUUUUAAGACGCCACAAGAAAAGCAGAGGGGAUAUUGUAGACAGCUUCUUUUCUCCCUUAAUAGAACAUGUCUGUAAAGCUGAAAACAAUGUAGAAAUGGCCAUUAAUCUCUUAGAAGUCGCUUAUGAGCAUUUUGAUAAAUAUCCGCUUUUUGCACAGCAACUGGCAAGGAUACAUUACAACAAUGAAAAGUUUGAGGAAGCCAAAAAAUGGGCAGAAACAGCUAAAGCCAAGUUACCAAAUGACUCUUUCAUUUUGGAUACAGAGGGCCAAGUAUACAAAAAAUGGUUUAAUGUAAAUAUGAAAAAGCACCAAAACAACAUCUCAUUCGAAGAAACAAGCAACUUGAUUGGACUUGCGCUCAGGUCCAUGGAAUGUUUCAGGGCAGCGGAAAGGGCAGCAGGAUCAGAGACAGAAACAAUCAAUAAUUUGGGGUACUUUGGAGAGGUGGAGGUAGGUUGUCGUUUACUAGAAUUUCUCUCUACCCUGGAAAUAUUUUCCAAAGAGGACAAAAGCAAAAAUACAGAACUGCUGGAGUACCUGCUGACAGACCAUACACCUGAGGAAAUAAAGGUACCUUGGAGCAGGCUGCAUGGUCAAUUAAAAGGACUUUACCAAAACAUUUUCGAUGCUCUAAAGUGGAUAUCAGAAGAAGUAGGGUAUUUCCAAAUGGAUAAAAUGGACGAUGGUGAGCCCACUAACAAAAGUGAUGAUCAUAUCAACAACCCAAGAAGGUGGUUAUUAAGAAAAACAAGGUCAUUUUCCCAGUAUUUUAGUAACCAGCUUUUGACGAACGUGAGUGAUUCCAACUUACACGCUGUAAAUGAAUUUGUUCAGAAGAUGAGGAUUUAUCAUCUUGGGGGUGGAAGUGCUGCUACUAUUCUUGCCUUACUGUCAGAUCCAAAAACUGAAAGGCCAGCAGCAAAGCUGGAGAGUAUCAUAGAUAAUUACCCAAAAGAUAUUGGACCUCACUCACUAGAUGAUAUAGAUUUGAUCAACUACAUCAUGUGCCAUAUUGCUUUAGGGUGUGUGAAUUCAGAGUCCCCAAAACUUUUGCCCUUUCAGAAGCUCAGAGAUCUUUGCAAACGAUUUCUGAACCAGGAGAAGCAGUUUCCCCCCAGUGCCUACUUUCUAAUAUUCAUGCUCUACUGGCCCGAUGACAAGUUUCCUGAAAAAUAUGGAGACAAUACCUUAACAGCUGCAGGCCAAACAGCAAAGCGACUACACGAUAAAAGGCUUAAAAACGUCCCUGUCAGGAAGAAAAGGACCAACGUGCACUUCUUUCUUGGCCAUGGCUACGGGUUGCAGAAAUUUAAACACAGGAGUACUAUAGAGAAGCACCUCUCUGGCCCUUUAAAUGAACGGGCAUUCAAAUGGGACACAGAUCCGAAAAAUACACUAAUGCUACAGACCACUUUAAAGAAAGUGCCUGGCUUUACAGAAAAUGGCAAGGUUUAUACCAUGAGACCCAGCAGUAAGAACCACAUUGAGGUGCUGCCCCUAAACUAUUCCUCUGUGCCUCACGGCAAUGAAAACAUCACAUUUUACCUGGGAUUCACAUAUACUGGGCUUGUCGCCUACAGCAUCCAGAUAGCAGGAUAGAAGUUACCAUCGAGAAAUGGGAGACAAAUGAUUAA